AUGUUUUUGACAAACCCACUCAUCGCAUUGACUUCGGCUUUAGCUCUGAGCUCAGUCUCAGCAGCUACGCCUUCGCCGAAUCUUGCAGUCGACGUGCGAAAUGCCCCUGGCUCAUCAACUGCAGAUACUCUUCUUGCGCUUCGACGGUCUCUUGCAGGAAUCAAGAGAGAUACGGUGCUGAAGAAUACCACGACUUUAGAUAAAAGUUGGAAUGGCGCAAUUUUGCUUAGCAUUGCGGCUCAACAGAGCACGAAAAACAAUGUGUCGCUGAGCGCCGGCAUCGACAUCACCUGUACGACAUGCUACAUCAAAGGUCAAGCGACAGCGCAGUUUUCAGUUGACGGUAGCUUCAAUGCGUCCCAGGCGAUCCGGAACUUCACCGGCGAAGUAGUGCAGGACAUCACAAAUAUCACUGACCAAGUCAUCGAAUCUAUCGAGGACUACUUUCCAACGGUGUUGCACAAUCUGAAGGAUGGAAUAGACCUGGAUGACUUCGAUUUCCCACCGAUUAACGCCACUUUCGACGUUGACAUGCCGGACAUCCCUGAAUGCCAUCUCCAAUUUCAGUUUGAUGAUCUAGAGCUAUACCUGCUCAUCGACACCGUGCUAUCUGCCGGGGCCACCUAUAACCUGAAUCUGUACUCGUCGAACACACCCAUCGGUAUUUCCGCAGGCAGUGACAUGUUCCUCGGCGUCGUCUUCUCCGUCGAUCUAAUUCUAAGCGUCGAUGCUGAAAUUGACGUCAGUAGUGGGAUCCAUAUCAAACUCGAUGACGGUGUAGGUCUCGACAUGUCCCUAUUUGGACACAACGUCUCAAGUAUUACAUUCAACGGAGCCAACUUCGAGUUCCUCCCCGUAACAGUCCAAGGAGCGGGCGGUUUGAUCAAGGCCGUAUUACGGCUAGGCGUGAAAGCCGGCUUCGAGCUCUCUACACCUAGCGUCGCAAUCCCCAGCUUCUCCUUCAACACCAAAGCUAGCGCCGGCGUGGGUGUCAGCGUCUGGGCCGAUAUCGCUGAGUUCGCGACGAACAUAACGGCGGCCCCAGAGGGAGACGACGCGGGUUGUGCCCUGAGAGUAGAGCAGACGUAUCAAUUCGGCCUCGCUGCUGCCGCGGGAGCCACCCUCGCGAUUGGCGCGGAGACGUGGGGCCCCAGUCCAAACACGAACAUCCCAAUCUUCUACACAACAAUAGCCGACGUGUGUGCCAUCGGUAAGACCACGACGACUACCGUAUCUACCACCGCAGCAGUUACUGCUAGAGCCGACCAGAGCUUGACGCCGACGACGCUCACUUCGAAGGUUACUUUCACGGGGACGGCUUGUAUGACCACCGGUCUGGUGAACUGCCCGGUGUCCUCGCAAACCACGACCAAAGUUACCAGUACCCUGACUUACAUCACAUCGGUGGCUUCGGGAGUAGAUGUUACCUUCCCGCAGUCCACAGGAACCGGUGUCGCCACCCCGGUUCCCUUCGGCACCAACAGGAAGUCAAUAGAUGCCACAUCAGGGUCUCCCGUAUCGUACACACCGCCACCGCCAAAGUCGACGUCAGGAGAUCCCACUGUUUCCACCGAGCACCCGCUGGGUGAAGUCGGCGGAGUUGAUAAGAGACUCAUCAUCGGUGUUAGCGUCGGUGUUGGUGUUCCCGUGCUCAUCGGAAUCGCUGUUGGUAUCUUUUUCUGCCAGAAGCGCAGGCGAUACGCGUCGGUUCCCAAGGGUGAACCAGUCUAUCUCGGGGCGCCACAGCCGUAUGGAGGUAGCCAAGAGGCCAAGAAUAGGGUAGUCACAAAUCAUUGA